AUGCUGGCGAAUCACACUGGCAGGGAGAUUGGCCAAGGGCGGAUGCUCUGGAACUGUCUGGGCAGUUCAUUGUUUGAAAGUGUACAGAAAGCAAAAACUGACGUGUUUUCAGCUGAGAUAAACAGUAUGAUGGAUUCAGAAGGUUCUGCCCCAACCAGUUCAAAGGAAUACACAAGCAAUGAUGUAACUGCUGCCUCUGGUAAACAUUAUCUUUGUGGCUACUGCGCAGCCUUCACAAACAUCGCCGUCACUUUUCCCAUCCAGAAGGUCCUGUUCCGGCAGCAGCUGUAUGGUUUGAAAACAAAGGAUGCAGUGCACCAGCUACAGAAGGAUGGGAUUCGCAACCUCUAUCGUGGCAUCCUCCCUCCAUUAAUGCAGAAAACAACCACGCUUGCUCUCAUGUUUGGCCUGUAUGAAGAUUUCUCCUCCCUGCUCCACAGCCACCUGAGUGCCCCGGAGCUCCUGACGCGCAGCAUGGCAGCAGUGCUGGCAGGGACCACGGAAGCUUUUCUCACGCCUUUUGAGCGAGUUCAGACUUUGCUUCAGGACUACAAACACCAUGAUAAAUUUACAAACACUUACCAGGCUUUCAAGGUACUGAAAGUCUAUGGGGUGAGAGAGUAUUAUCGGGGAUUGGUGCCUAUUCUGCUCCGAAAUGGGCCCAGCAAUGCGCUCUUCUUUGGCCUGCGGGGACCGAUCAAACAGUGUCUGCCAGAAGCAACUUCUUACAGCACUCACUUGGUCAACGAUUUCAUCUGUGGAGGGCUGUUGGGUGCCAUGCUGGGGUUCUUGUUUUUCCCAGUGAAUGUUGUAAAAACUCGUAUGCAAGCUCAAAUUGGUGGUGAAUUUCAGUCCUUCUCAAAAGUUUUUGCAAAGAUCUGGCUUGAGCGUGAUAGAAAACUGAUCCACCUUUUCAGAGGAGCUCACUUGAAUUACCAUCGUUCCAUCCUGUCCUGGGGCAUAAUCAAUGCAACCUAUGAAUUCUUGCUAAAGCUGUUGUGAAAACCACUCUCUUCCUUUGGCUCUUACGUUCAUUUGGGGAUUGGCACAUUUGAUGUCACUUAAUCGCAGGGAACAGUGCCUGCAUAGUGUGAAAGGUAAUUAGUCUUGGCCUUUGGUAUUUAUGGGGUGAAUGGUGAUGCAUCUAAACCUUGGUGCAAUUAAGAUGAACUUUUAAAAGUAUUUAUUUCUUGGCAGGU